GAUGAGGCUUGGAAGCACAGGGCCAUUGAAUGUGCUCCAGACUCUCUUAAACAACUGGGAUUUCUAAGAAGUGGUUGAGGUCAGCAGCGGUGAUGGUCAGCACUGGAGUGAAUGGGUCAGUUGGAACAUUUGCACUGUGCCCUGUGCUUGGUACCUCUACCUGCCCUCCCCUGCCCAGUGAGAGUUUCUCCUCCAGACAGGAAAGGCGUCAUUAGCAGCAGAAAGGCAAAGGCAGCUCAAGCAUCUCAUCCGACGUGAGUUCAAGUACAGAUCACACACCGACCAAAGCGCAGAAGAAUGCAGCUACCAGUGAAGACUCCGACCUGAGCAUGCGCACGCUCAGCACACCUAGCCCAGCACUAAUAUGUCCUCAGAAUUUGCACGGGUUCCAGAAUGGAAGAGGGUCGUCGACCUCCUCGUCCUCGGUCACCGGGGAGACCGUGGCCAUGGUCCAUUCGCCCCCUCCCACACGCCUGACCCACCCUCUCAUCCGCCUAGCAUCCAGACACCAGAAGGAGCAGGCCAACGUCGACCGGCUCCCGGACCACGCCAUGGUCCACAUCUUCUCCUUCCUGCCCACCAACCAGCUGUGCCGGUGUGCCCGCGUGUGCCGCCGCUGGUACAACCUGGCCUGGGACCCCCGGCUCUGGAGGACUAUCCGCCUGACGGGCGAGACCAUCAACGUGGACCGGGCACUCCGCGUGCUCACCCGGAGGCUGUGUCAGGACACGCCCAACGUAUGUCUCAUGUUGGAGACGGUGACAGUUAGUGGCUGCAGGCGGCUCACGGAUCGAGGACUUUAUACCAUUGCCCAGUGCUGCCCCGAACUGAGGAGGCUAGAGGUGUCGGGCUGUUACAACAUCUCCAAUGAGGCGGUGUUCGAUGUGGUGUCCCUGUGCCCCAACCUGGAGCACCUGGAUGUAUCAGGAUGCUCCAAAGUGACCUGCAUCAGCCUGACCCGCGAAGCCUCAAUCAAGCUGUCCCCCUUGCACGGCAAACAGAUCUCCAUCCGCUACCUGGAUAUGACGGACUGCUUCGUCCUGGAGGACGAGGGGCUGCACACCAUCGCCGCCCACUGCACCCAGCUCACCCACCUGUACCUGCGCCGCUGCGUCCGCCUCACCGACGAGGGCCUCCGCUACCUGAUGAUCUACUGCGCCUCCAUCAAGGAGCUGAGCGUCAGCGACUGCCGCUUCGUCAGCGACUUCGGCCUGCGGGAGAUCGCCAAGCUCGAGUCGCACCUGCGGUACCUCAGCAUCGCCCACUGCGGCCGCGUCACGGACGUGGGCGUCCGCUACGUGGCCAAGUACUGCGGCAAGCUGCGUUACCUCAACGCCCGGGGCUGCGAGGGCAUCACAGACCACGGGCUGGAGUACCUGGCCAAAAAUUGCACAAGACUCAAGUCCCUGGACAUCGGCAAGUGCCCCCUGGUCUCGGACACCGGCCUGGAGUGCCUGGCCCUGAACUGCUUCAACCUCAAGCGUCUGAGCCUCAAGUCCUGCGAGAGCAUCACGGGCCAAGGCCUGCAGAUCGUGGCUGCCAACUGCUUCGACCUGCAGAUGCUCAACGUGCAGGACUGCGACGUCUCGGUGGAGGCCCUGCGUUUCGUCAAACGCCACUGCAGGCGCUGCAUCAUCGAGCACACCAACCCUGCCUUCUUCUGAGAGGACAGCCUCGGACCCUGGCCCUCUGGCACGGGGACAAAGAGCCCAUGUCUCAAGAGAACCUAUAUAAGCACACCAACCUCCCGCGGGCA